CAACCGAUCCACGCUUCCGAGUUGGCUCCCUCCAUAACAAUCCCCAUUAAUUCAUGCACGACUUCGAAUUCGCUCUCGCCUUCCGUGGAAGGGAAAAGCUAGGGUCUUCUUCAUCUCCUCCUUGUGUUUUUCCUCCUCUGCGUAUGACUCAGGGCGUCUGGCGAGAUAGCUGAAAGCUUUUGCACCGAGCCGAUUAUUCAUGGAGCUUUCAGUUUCCUUCUUCGCUGUGAGGUCCCACAGCUGUGUUCCCGCCGUUACAGCCCACUCUAACUUGAAGUUCCAGAGAAAACCGUUGACUCUGCGCAAAAGAAGAGCGAUCAGAGCUCGGGCGUCUGAUCCGUCUCAGUGCCAGGAAACUGGCAACGGCUUCGUCCUCGAAGACGUUCCUCAUCUGACCAAUUUUCUCCCGGAUUUGCCGUCAUACCCUAAUCCACUACAAAAAAGCCAAGCUUAUGCCAUCGUUAAGCAAACUUUUGUCAGCUCGGAAGACGUAGUUGCUGAAAAGAUUGUUGUCCAGAAAGAUAGUCCCAGGGGAGUGCAUUUUCGACGUGCAGGGCCUCGAGAAAAGGUUUAUUUCAAAUCAGAGGAAGUUCGUGCAUGCGUCGUGACAUGCGGAGGUUUAUGUCCGGGUAUAAAUACAGUUAUUCGUGAAAUAGUAUGUGGUUUGAACGGCAUGUAUGGAGUUGAUGAUAUACUUGGCAUUGAGGGAGGAUAUAGAGGAUUCUACUCUAAAAAUACGUUUCAGUUGACGCCUAAGUUUGUUAAUGACAUCCAUAAACGAGGUGGCACCUUUCUUCAGACAUCGCGAGGGGGUCAUGACACACACAAGAUAGUCGAUAACAUUCAGGAUCGUGGAAUUAAUCAGGUAUACAUCAUUGGUGGGGAUGGUACACAGAAGGGAGCGGCUCUCAUUUAUCAGGAAGUUGAGAAACGAGGUCUUCAAGUGGCAGUUGCAGGGAUUCCCAAGACUAUCGACAAUGACAUAGCUGUCAUAGACAAAUCCUUUGGCUUUGAUACUGCUGUUGAAGAAGCCCAGAGAGCCAUAAAUGCAGCUCAUGUUGAGGUUGAGAGUGUGGAAAAUGGAGUUGGUGUCGUCAAGCUAAUGGGAAGAUAUAGCGGUUUCAUUGCCAUGUAUGCCACUUUGGCUAGCCGAGAUGUGGAUUGUUGCUUGAUUCCAGAGUCUCCAUUCUAUUUGGAAGGCCAAGGUGGGCUUUUUGAAUUCGUUGAGCAGCGGCUCAAGGAGAAUGGGCAUGUGGUUAUUGUAUUAGCAGAAGGAGCUGGACAAGAAUAUGUAGCACAGAGCAUGUACACAGUCGAUGAGAAAGAUGCAUCAGGAAACAGACUGCUUCUUGACGCUGGUCUAUGGUUGUCCCAACAGAUCAAGGACCAUUUUACGAAGAUUCAGAAGAUGGCCGUAAACAUGAAGUACAUAGAUCCAACAUACAUGAUCCGGGCUAUACCAAGUAAUGCUUCAGAUAAUAUUUACUGCACUCUUCUUGCCCAUAGUGCCGUGCAUGGAGCUAUGGCUGGGUACACAGGAUUCACGGUCGGGCCUGUAAAUAGCAGACAUGCCUAUAUUCCAAUUUCACGAGUCACUGAGACUCAAAACAUUGUCAAAUUAACUGAUAGGAUGUGGGCUAGACUUCUUGCAUCGACAAACCAGCCUAGUUUCUUAAACAGCGAUGAGGUGAUGCUGGGAAAAGUUGAUAGAGCUAUAAUUGAGGAGAUCAACAACAGGAAGAUUACAUCUAUAUAGACUUCACAUCAUUCACUCUCGGAUCCAGUGGUCAUAAGCAUCUCGAUUCUUCAUGUGCUAAGAUUUCAUGCUGAAGACUUCUUAAAUCAGCGAACAUUUGCACUGCAGCACGUCAUAUUAGUUGUAGAUUGUCUUCCGGUAUGAAGUCUCUCUGUAAAUGUGAGAACAUGUAUUGCAAUAAGGCUAGAUAAAUUCGAUCUGUGUAAUUUCCUACUAACUAGGGCAUCCACGUACAGGCCGAUCUGAAGCAUCACGAAGAAGAGCUUCUGAUUUUUUCAGUGCAUGGGGGGGUUCAAAAG